UGUAUGAUGACUUUCUAAGGCAAAUCGAAAUAUACUCAACAAGAAGGGUACGGUCAUAGUUCUUUAGAAGAUUGCGAUUGGCGACACCAGAAAGAUGACAGUUGCAAUAGACACGACUGGCGCAGCAUCGAUAGUGAUAGUCGAUAGAUCUGCGAUGCGCGCGAUUCUGAAGCGAAAAAUGGAAUCAGUAGACGUGAGACGCAAAGUGAAUGAGAGUACGAUAAAGCCGCUGCGACGCGACUUGAAGUCAUUGCUGAAUUUCUGUUUGACAGCUCAUUCGAGCAAUGAUGCGGAGUUUUCGGUGAUGGAAGUCGGACAACACCAGGAUGCUGCAUGUGCCCCAGAGAGUUUCUCGGUGGAAGAAAAGGAAGUAGCGACUUUGCAGUCACGCCUGGAGCGUCUGCGUGCGGAGCCGAAGUGUGAGGACGCUACUACGACUGCCAUUGCGGGCAAAGCAGCUGGUGCUGGAUCCUCCGCAUCUCCAUCUGCGAAGCAGCCGCUGAACAGAGUGGGAAGUUGCAACACACUUCUUCAUGUCACGGUUCCGGCCUUGGAAAAUUGUGCUGACGAUGCCGUGUCUACGGUCUCUGGAGGAACGACCCGGACUACUGUGGUGACGAGCAAGACUACAGCGGGGAUACAAGUUGCGCAUCACUCAUCGGACUAUGAUGGAAGCAAUCCAGGAAGGGUAGAGCAAUAUCAUCGUUCGGGUGCGGGUUACCAUGUCUUUGACCUGGGCGCAGUUUCGAAGGUAUUAUAGUCGGAGUAACGUGAUAAAAAAUAAAAAAAAAGUCGAUAAGUGAUUUUCCUUAUUCAGUUUCUUACUGAUGCGAUGAGGCUGCGCGCAGCCGAUACGGAGCAGAUGUUUUCGGGAGGUCUUUUCUUUGCGAAACUGACGACGUCGCGAAGUCUCGUCGUGGAAUUCCCGACCCAGAAGUGGUCAGAUACUGCAAGUUGUUACUUUGAUGCAAGUAAGCCUAGUAGGUGGUCGCGUAGGAGGUGACGAAGUAGCUGCAUGCUGAGGCUUCGCACGUAUGGGCUUGCAUUUGUUUUUUUUUCGAUCGUGGCUCGUUUUGCUUAUCUGGUUGUUAGCUUAGUUGUCAUGUCCUCGCUCUUGGUAACUACUCCGCACCCAGUGGCCAGCUUCUAUAUUUAUUAUCUUCAGCGUCAUGGCGUCAAUAUAGACAGCGCACAGCGCUCCAAGGUUUAUUUUAACUCGAGUCGGUGACGAUCUUGGUCGCGGCUACUACUAUUACUACUACUACUACUACUGCUACGGCUACUUCACGGCCCGCGCGCUGCUAAUCAUGUUCUGCUGUUCGGAUAAUACGGGCUCGGCGUUUCUUGGACGAAGUGGCGGCCGCGACUCGUCUAUGAGGUCGCGAAGACAGCAACUGGAUAGCACGCACCAGCAUGGCCACGGCCACGACUAUGCUGAAACAGCUUUUGGCUCCGCCAAGACCUCGCCAAGCAAGGCGCGCGAGGAUCGUGAAGCCCUAAAAAAACCCUAGGCCCUGAGCGCCCUAAAGUCUGCAGCCAUAUCCUCGGUCGUGAGUUAAUCACCUUCGUCGACUUCUUGACUUAGAACGUCAAGGCCGCGACUACAGCCGAUUCCUGUGCUCUGCAACUCUUUGAAAGUGGCUCGGUAUACUCCUCGCCGUGCAAGCUAGUGAAGCUCAAAGUUGUGCAGUGCGACAAACAUGAGGAGAGCUACUUCCUCCGCUUCGUAGCAAGCUAGUAAGAAAAUGCCAAAGAGACAAACUCGACCAUAGGCAAAAAAGAGCGCGGCACGAAAAUGGUCACCGUGGGCGAAAUGGAGGCCACUCGGUGCGCAUUCUAUGGGAAGGCCUUCCGCGUGAUCUUCUGCAGUGGUCUUGCUUCUGCCCGCUGUUCUUGUUCGUCUUGUUGUAGCCGAGCAAGUAGCUGUAGAAGCCGUCAGUGAUGAUCUUCAACCAUGGCCAUUGUCUGCAAGUUCGAUCCUGUUCGGAAGUCAAUUUUUAUAAUGGUGCCGCGUUGGUUGUAGUUCUCCGCUGUGUCAGAUGAUGGCGCUGCGGAUUUUUUUCAAAUUAUACAGCCAACUACACUACUGCAGGACAUGAAUGCACUGCAAUAUGACUCAGCACCUUGUCGCCCAUGUGAAGUGAUCGCUAUAGUAUAGUGACCACGUCAGCACUUUUCUGCGCGAGCUCCUGUUUUGAUCAUUCGCGGCCACCAUCUAGCUGCUGCUGUAGUUUGAUUCUUCUACUUCUAGAGCCACCGCGUGCCUUUUCUUCUAUCAGUAUCAAAUAAAGCAACAAAAUGGGCCAGGGAUCGUGGUCGUCGAAUCAUGCAACGACCCAAAUGACUCCGGCUGACGCGGGCGACAGUACUGAAAUGGGGCCAGUCUUCUUGACUUCGUGCUCUACUUAUGGAGCUACAACCUGGCUGCUUUUCCAAGUAGCAGCUGCGUUUCGUGAUUUUGUACAACAGUCGGGACUUUUUGCAGGUUGUUGCGGUAGGGCGUCAGCAGCUGCGCCGCAGUUUUUACUCUUGCUAGACUUAUACACAGUCUCACAAUGGUGUGAGUCAAGGAGCGCGCCCGAGCAGCUUACCGAGGGAAGACCAUAGCGCGCCAGACAGCUGCGGCAACUCGGCGCGUUGUAUCUUCAGGCGGCCCAGUCGCUCCUGAACCUGAUGCCCCUGCGUCUUCGGAGCAACUGAACGACUCUAGCAUGGAAGUAGAAGGCGCUGGCCAUCGGGUGGCGGAAUUACAGAAGACUUCGUCUGGCGUCGUGGAACAAGGUGCAGAUAGUGGCAGUAGUAGCUACUACUCUGAUCGGUCCGGUCGUGAGUCAUCCGCCCCCGACUGGGUUGGCCAAGGGCAGCGUUUUCGACACGGCUGGCAGUGACCGCGACGCUUUCCAUUCAUGCGCUGGAUCGCUAGAGGCGCCCCACCCAGCCCAGGGCUGACUCCUCCUGACGCGCAGGGAUAUAAGAAUCGAGUAGCUCUGCUUGAGGAAGAACUGCCGGCCGACCACUUGGAGAAAAUAAGUCUGCAGCUUCUACAGGAGCAAGCUCUUCAGCGCGAAGAUUCAGAGGAUGGACCAUAAAAGUGACCACUUGCGUUGCUAUGGUAGGUCAGGAGUAGGCGAUGGCGAUCGUUGUGACCUAGUGGAGCAAGCCGCUUCACGCGAGCAGAUGACGAAAAAGGGAAGCGCAAGCGCUAGCACUAGCAAAACAGCUAGCAAAUUGAUGACAGCGAAGCGGAGAGUAGUGGCGCAAGUGUCAACGCCGACACCUCCGAAGUAUCAGCUGACGAAAAGAAGAACGCUGGCUGCUCCUGCUCUUGCUUCUUUGAUGAAAAUGAAGACGAAAAAGCCACAGCACGGGAAGAAAAGCCUAGCGAAUCUGCAGCCGCGGCCGCGAUAUGCUUUUGCGGACUUUUUCUGCGAUCAAGCAGCGACCAGAAGCACAGCAGCAGGGGCCAGACGUGACGAAGACGCCAGUAAAUGUAGAGCUGUCGCAAUCGCAUGACAGGCAGCAGCUUGAUGCCGUGGCGGAUGGGGUUGUGGAUGAUCAUGAUACUCCUGGCGGGAACUUGGCUCCCCGAAAAAGCUGCUUCGCGUCAGCUUGUAGUAAGUAGUGGCAACGCUAACAAAGGCGACCAUCUCACUGACCAGGAGACGGGCACGAAGAUGGUGGCGAUCUUUGAAGAAUCUCCAUUGAAGCCGCAAAGGCUACCAAUGUUGGGAAGCUGGACCGCGCCAGGCUUGGACGAGCUAGAUCCGGAUCGUGAAUUGCUCAAGGACAGGGGUGGCCUUCCAAUGAAGGCACUACCUAGCUUAAGCGUAGCGGUGUGGCGUUUCUUCUUGUUCGCGUGAUUGUUCUGGGAUACUCGUCUGGGUGCGGCGAUCAUCAGACUCGGGGAUGGGGCUCUUGGUCUCCUCUCGACACGAGGCGAGAGCGAGGGCCGGGGGCUCGUCGGCUGCGAAGGCUCCCGGACGAUAACUACGCGCGACCCAUCACGCCCGCCCACCGACACUCGCCCUGAGUCGGGGCGCCGUGGCCUGCUCGCGGGUAGUCGGUCUGCGCCGCGAUGGCGAUCGCUCUGCAUAGAGCUGCGCCACACACCCGCCGAGAUAAAUGAUGACUAUCCCGUGGCGUCAUACUGAUGCGAAACAGAUUCAAACGCAUACAAAGAGCAAGCCCGAGCGAAAAACACAAACGAAAGACCACACGACAAGAAAAACCACAGAGAAAACCACACGACCCACAAGCCCACACACACAGAACCCACUUGCGAGCGAGCUUCAGCGCUGUCCGUCAGCUGCUGACCUUGGUUGCUGCCGGCCAGCUACAGCCUGCGGCGGGGCGUUUCCCAAAUAUCGACCACCGGGCGUGACACUUGUGCACCUGCGCCGCCGUAACUAACCACUUCGCCCCAGCUGGCGCCUCCUAACUGCAGAAGACGACGGCAGCAGUGGUUCUGCGAGUGCUUCUGCUGCUUCGCGGCAUACUUUGGCCAGGCGGGGCCUCGUCGUUGCGCGGCUUCUUUCUCGAAGUCGAAGCAGGAGCGCUCGGGCCAUCUGAGCCGCACCCUCCUGGCAAUCCCACCCUUGGCCGCGUUUCGCCAUAUUAGGUGGCUCAUUCGUGGACUAUUCUGCGCGGGCAUGUGUCGCAGGUACACUCACGCGGACCCUCGUAUCAGAUGACCCCGCACAGCGCCAGCUUUGCUCCCACCUUCAUGGAGGCGACCCCCCGAACCGCGUCGGCCAGUUUGGACUCGGCUGCGCCAUGCAAGCCAAGCCACCAGCGGGCGCGUCGCAUAAUGGGGACCACACUCAUGCCAGUUCUACCUCCUCCAGUUAGAUGCGUGCUGCCUUCGUGUACUUAGCUGCGACUACUAGUCUGUAUAUUAAUAGGCUAGCGGAGGCGCUAGGUAGAGCAAUUGCAGCUACUUCUGCCGCUUAGUAUUCUAGGCAGUGCGCUUCUCUUCUGUAGUUAUGAAAGGUUUCGCUAGGGGAUGAACUGCGAGAAGGAGGCAGAAGGAGUCUUAGGUGAUGAAGUAACUACAACUCGCCCUCGUUUGUGUAGGUGUGUUAUGUUAAAUAAGCGAGGCGAUGGCAAUCGCCGAAGUGCGUUAUAAGCAAGAGCCUCAGUUGGGGGCCAUUUUAUUCGCUACAACAGGACAGCAGCAGCGUCGUCGCAUGAUGAGCAAGGCCACGACAGAGUGACCACCGUCAUCGUCUUCGUCUUCAUCUGGUAGAUUUGGUUCUAGUGCUGCCGCUGCCUUAAUUGGAAACGGGUCGUCGUCGUGGUUAUCUGCUUACCCGGCCGGGCUAUCGCAAGGUGAUUCGUGUGGGAUCACUGGACGAAGCUACGCCGAUGCGCUUGCAAGUGAUGACACUAGGGCGAAGAUGACGAAGGUGGAGAUGUAGACGUAGACGAUGGAAAUGAAGUAGGACCAGGCGACGAAGGUGAAUGCUCCGCGUUCGAAUCCGGCAACAAGAUCGAGGAGGCUGGUUCUCAUAGUCUUGCGAAGGCAGCCAUGGAGAUCGAUCACGACGAAGAGGGGCAAGCGUCUGCUAUGGGGGCGCUGGCUGGUGGCUUCUUUCCAGAAGGGGGCGGGCUUUCUUCUGUAUCAUGAUUAUAGUUGAUGCUUCUUGACGAUGUUGGUGCUUGGUUGGUCACGGGCAGAAGUGGCACACUAUACAAGUGGAGCCACUCACUACAGCUACAGCCCCUCUCUUAUGGAUGCCGAUGCGCAGUCGGGGUCUGUAGUGGUAAGUCCAGCCUGUCAUCCUUUAGCUGAAGCCUUAGCGACUUUCUUGCAAGACGAGGAGAUCAUGGCAAUUUUUUGCACUGUCGAAAGCAAGUCUGGCACGCGCUACGACGCACGAAGCAAGGGCGUCAGCGUGUACAUGGAUGAAGACAAAGGGAGCAAGGCAACCACCCAAACGCGCUAGCAAUGUGCUCUGAGUCAUGGCGCUGCGGAUUUACGCAGGUCGUGCAGAGUUUUCGGUGUAUGCUUAUGACCAGGCGAAAGAUGGGGCCACCUUUGCUGCAGCUUGGAAGGCGGCUCGCCGUGACAUCCUCGCCAUUGCUGAGGGGGUGUGCGUGACAAACCCACAAAAGGCGGACUUGAAGAAAGUGACACCACUCACCUACAAGGAGUAGCAAAUGGUGGAGAGCUACUGGAGAAGAUUCGGCACGACUUGGGCUCAUUUGCGGCGGUACUAAACGGCGACAGCUCUGCGCCUUUCUAUUCGUGUCUGUGCUUGGAUAGAUUCGGCGUCUUGCUUCUGGUUUUGCCUAAAAUGUGCGCUAGGGUACUUCCCAGGAAAUUUCUCCUUUUCGGCUCUCGGAUUUCUCUCAGAUUUCUCUUUGAUUUCUCAGGCUUUUCGUUUCUCCUUCAGAGUUCAUAAAAGUGAAAAAAAAGAGAAACUUUAGAGAAAUUUUAGGGAAGAUCUCGAGAAAUUUUAGGGAAGGCCUAGAGAAAUUUUAGAGAAGUUAGCUCCAGAGCUGUGGGAGAAGUCAGAGCGCCUAUCCGUCCUCGUGGUGAGUCUUGGCCGUCAGCUAUUACGGCACCGCUUACAAGGGUUGAGAUCGGCAUGCGUCUACUAAUUUUCGCUACAGCGUGCUUGCUUUUGCGGACUCUCAUAAACAUCGAACGCACAUGCUCAGGCUUUCGCCUUAUUUGCUAUCAUUCUCCAUAAGUGUCCACAUUGCUUCGCUACUUGUUCAGGGCGUUUGGUUCUCGUGGUUAUUAUAGAAGUGCUUCAACGGCGUUCGAAGACAGGCGGGCCGUCGUGGUCGCUAAUGCUGGCCGUACAGAGGGGAGCUGCUUGCGAAGUUCAUCGAGAAGGCGUGACCCAUGUCAUUGGGUGCGGCCGUCGUCUUACGAUAUAACGAAGGCUGAAGAAUGUGCCAAGCAGAUGGCUCCAGCAAAUGACCACGGGAAGCAGGUCGCGGAGUGAUGUGCCCCCGCCGUAACUGGAGUGGCGCCUCUCCAAUUAUCACGCUAAGCCCUUGGCGCCGUGUCUGAUGUAGUGAGGAUCUUCAGGUCUAGAACUAGGCGCGGCGCGGAUGGUCCUCCAGGAAGGAGCGCAAGCACAUAAACAAACAGAAACCAAGUAGGCUGCGCUUUCGGCUGCGCUUUCGAUCGUGUGGCGACAGCCUACCGGCAACUUCUUGCGUUGGGCUUCAGUUUUUUUUCGCUGGGCAAUAUCAAAGAAGAUAUGGGCGAGGGCGAGCACGGAGCGCACCGCGCUAAGACGAGAAAGGCCGUCGCGCUUCCAGUCGGCUCGAGGAUGUGCUGUGGAUGGUCGAGCCAGAAGAACAGCCAACGAGUGAAAAGCGACAAGACACACGCCACGGCCUUGGCCCGUCAUUUUCUUGCUGUCAGUCUGUGCAGCUCGCUCCGGAUCUGUCUUGGAGCGUGUUCGCGUUUUUUUAUGUGGAGAGCAAACCCCGGAGAGAGACACGGCAAAGAACUGCCCCCACCCUCGAGAGAAGCAGCGCUGCAAAGUGCUCGAGAGAGACAGGAAGGACCACGGCGGUCGCCUAUUUCUGUGCGAGUGCAUUUCUGUACUCAGCGAGAGAGACGCCGCUUCGGCUGGUAAGUUUCUGGCGCCUGCAUUGAUUUGCUCUCGAGAUGCCCACUCGUCUCGCUUCAUGUGAUUGAGCAGCUGACAAAUGGAAUGACUGGAGGGGCGCGGCUCCAGUAACGCGCUGAGGCGGUCGGCCGCUGUGUUCUUGACUACUGCAAGAGAGCCCAGCCGGCGAGGCCUCAGGGAGUGGCCUGGUGAUCGGAUGGGCAAAAAGUGUGAAAAGCCAAAACGAGAGCGGCGGAGCGUUGUCGAGUUGUGUGAGUGUGUGCGCGUGCUACAGGGUAGGGGGGUGGCAACGAGUGGGCCUCGGUGGUUGUCGUUCUUGUGGCCUUUCGGUGUUUGCUUGGGGUGUUUCUGUCGGAUGUUGCCGCCCGUUUGAUGGUGUUGCCGGUCGCUGGUUUGCUGCUGCUGUUGGUGUUGGUGUGCGUGAUUGUGGACGCCUGUGACCGGUGUGCAGAAAACUGGCGAAAUCAGCUAGAAAGUGCGAAAAGCCAAAGAAAUCGGCCGAGUUUUGUCAGGUUGUUGCUGUUUGUGUGUGUGUGUGUGUGUCUACAUGGCAGGGCGCUCCUGGUGGUGUGUGGUCUUCGGUUGUCGUUCUUCUGGUCUUCGUUGUGUGUGGGGUCGUGUUCUUGUCGGGUGUGGCCGCUCGUUCGACGGCGCUGCCGCUGGUUUGUUGUUGUUCGUUGGUCUUGGUGUGUGUGGUUGCUGGGUUUUGUCUCUGAUCAGCCGGCAGAAGCAGCGGCAAAGGGCGCACGGAAUGCGCGUGAAAUCGGCCAAGAAGCGUGAAAGGCCAAAAACGCCGGCGGAGUUUCGUCGAGUUGUGUGGAUGUGUGCGCGUACAGGGGGGGCGCUGGUGGUGUGUGGCCUUUCUUGUUCGUCGUUCUUGUGCUCUUCCAGUGUUGUGGGGUGUCUGUCGGGUGUGGCCGCUCGCUCGAUGGUGUUGCUGUUGGUUUGCUGUUGUUGGGGUGUGUGGUUGUGGAUGUUGUUCAUGAUCGGCGCCCAGGGAACCGGCGAAAUCGGCGAAGAAAUGCAAGCCAGUCGAGUUGUGUGGGCGUAUAUGCGUGCAGGGCAAGGCGUUGGUGGUGUGUAGUCUUUGGCUGUCGUUCUUGUGGUCUUCUAGUGUGUGCGGGGUGCUUCUGUCGGUUGUGGCCGCUCGUUCGAUGGUGUUGCUGAUGGCUUGCGGCUGUGGGUGUGUGUGUGUGUUUGUGAGUGUGUGUGAUCUGUGUCGAGAGGACCGGCGAAACCCGCCAAAAAGUGGGAAAAGUCGACAGAAUCAGCUGAGUUUGGUCGACUUGUGUGAACGUGCGCGCGCGCAGGGUAGGGCAAUGGCGACGCGUGGCCUGCCUUUGGUUGUCGUUCUUGUGGUCUUCCAGUGGGUGUGCGUGGGGUGUUUCUAUCGGAUGCUGCCGCCUGUUCGAUGGUGUUGCUGCUUGUUUGUUGUUGCUUGGUGUUGGUGUUUUUUUGGAUCUUUCUGGUGUGUUUGUAGAAAACUGGCGAAAUCAGCCAAAAAGCGGAAAAAGUCAAAGGAAUCAGCUGAGUUUGGUCAGGUAGUUGCUGCUGUUCGUACAUGGCAGGGCGCUCGUGGUGGUGUGUGGCCUUUGGUUGUCGUCUUUGUGGCCUUCGUUGUGCGUGGGGCUGUUUCUGUCGGGUGUGGCCGCUCGUUCGAUGCUGUUGCUGCUGGUUUGUGGUUGAUGUUGGUGCGUGUGGUUGUGGGUGUUUGUGAUCUGUGUCCAGAAAGGGGACGGAAUCGGCUGAAAAGUGCGAAAAGCCAAAGGAAUCAGCUGAGUUUUGUCAAAUUGUGUGGAUUUGUGUGCGUGCAGGGUAUGGCGAUAGCGACGCAUGGCCUGUGGUUGUCGUUCUUGUGGUCUUCUGGUGUGUGUGGGGUGUUUCGGUCGGGUGUGGCCGCUCAGUCGAUGGCGUUGCCGCUGGUUUGCUGUUGUCUGUUGGUGUGUGGUUGCUUGUGGGUGUUUGUGGUCUGUGCUCAAAAAGCUGGCAGAAUCGGCUAAAAAGUGCGAAAAGUCCAAAGAAUUGGUGAGGUUUUGCCAAGUUGUUCGGGUGUGUGUGUAAGUUGUUCGGGUGUGUGUGUAAGUUGGUCAGUUGUGUGUGUAAGUUGGUCGGGUGUGUGUGUAAGUUGUUCGGGUGUGUGUGCAGGGCAGGGCAGGGCGCUUGUCAUGUGUGGCUUUUGGCUGGCGUUCUUGUGGUCUUCGUUGUGUGUGGGGUGUCUCUGCUGGGCGUGGCCGCUCGUUCGAUGGUGUUGCCGCUGGUUUGUUGUUGGUGUGUGUGGUUGAGAAUGUUCGCGACCUGCUUCCAGAGAACCGACCAAAUCGGCCAAAAAGGGCGAAAAGUGAAAGAAAUCGGCCGGAUUUCCUUGGGCUGUGUGAAUGUGUGCGCGUACAGAGUUGGCGCGGUGGUCACGUGUGGCUUUUGUUUGUCGUUUGUGUGGUCUUCCAGUGUGUGCGUGGGGUGUUUCUGUCGGGUGGGGCGGCCCGCUCGGUGGUGUUGCUGGGCAGCGGUUGGCUUGCAGUUGUUGGCGUUUGCAGUUGUGGACGUUUGUGACUUGCAUCCAGAAAACUGGCCAAAUGAGCCAAAAAGUGCGAAAAGUCAAAGAAAUCGGCUGAGUUUUGUUGAGUAGUUGUGGCGUGGGUGUGUAUGCGUACAGGGUAGGGCGGUGGCGACGCGUGGCGUUGGUUGUCGUUCUUGUGGUCUUUCAGUGUGUGCGGGGUCGUGUCUCUGUCGGGUGUGGCCGCUCGGUCGAUGGUGUUGCUGCUGGUUUGUUGUAGUUGUGGGCGUUUGUGAUCUGUGUCCAGAAAGCGGGCGAAAUCGGCUGAAAAGUGUGAAAAGUCAACGAAAUCAGCUGAGUUCUGUCAAAUUGUGCGGACCUGUGAGCGUGUGCGUGUGCAGGGUAUGGCGAUAGCGGCGCGUGGCUUGUGGUUGUCGUUCUUGUGGUCUUCUGGUGUGUGUGGGGUGUUUCGGUCGGAUGUGGCCGCUCGGUCGAUGGUGUUGCUGCUGGUUUGCUGUUGUUCGUUGGUGUGUGGUUGUGGGUGUUUGUGGUCUGUGUUUAAAAAACUGGCGAAAUCGGCUAAAAAGCGCGAAAAGCUCAAAGAAUUGGCGGGGUUUUGUCAAGUUGUUCGGUUGUGUGUGUAAGUUGUUCGGGUGUGUGUGUGUGUAGGUUGUUCGGGGGUUUGUCUAAGUUCGUUGUUCGGGUGUGUGUGUGCGUGCAUGGCAGGGCAGGGCGCUUGCCGUGUGUGGCUUUUGGCUGUCGUUCUUGUGGUCUUCGUUGUGUGUGGGGUGUCUCUAUCGGGCGUGGCCGCUCGUUCGAUGGUGUUGCUGCUGGUUUGCUGUUCGUGUGAGUGGUUGAGAAUGUUCGUGAUCUGCUUCCAGAGAACUGACGAAAUCGGCCAAAAAGUGCAGAAAGUGAAAGAAGUCCGCUGAGCUUCCUUGAAUUGGGUGAAUUUGUGCGCGUACAGGGUCGGCGUGGUAGUCGCGCGAGGUUUUUGUUUGUUGUUCUUGUGGUCUUCCAGUGUGUGCGUGGGGUGGCACUGUCGGGUGGGGAGGCCCGUUUGAUGGUGUUGCUGUGCAGGGGUUGGCUUGCAGUUGUUGGCGUGUGUGGUUGUGGAUGUUUGUGACUUGCGUCCAGAGAACUGGCCAAAUCAGCCAAAAAGUGCGAAAAGUCAAAGAAAUCGGCCGAGUUUUGUCGAGUUGUGGCGUGGGUGUGUAUGUGUAAAGGGUAGGGCGGUGGCGACGCGUGGCGUUGGUUGUCGUUCUUGUGGUCUUCCGGUGUGUUUGGGGUCGUGUCUCUGUUGGGUGUGGCCGCUCGCUCGAUGGUGUUGCGGCUGGUUUGUUGUUGUUGGUGUGUGGUUGUGGGUGUUUGUGUUUGUGACCAGUACCCAGAAAACUGGCCAAAUCGGCCGAAAAGUGUGAAAAGUUUAGGGAAUUGGCUGAGGCUUGUCAAGUUGGUCGGGUGUGUGUUUACAUGGCACGGCGUUGGUGAUGUCCAAGCGCUGACAGACAGGGGUGGCGUUGCUUCGCUGGCUGCGUUUAUUGCCUGUGGUUGGUGUGUCUGGCAGGUUGUGUGUCUGGCGUUGUUUUUCGUUUUGUCGUCUUUCAGCUUGAUUUGGUGGCGGUUUGUGUUUUGGGCGGGUGUGCGGUGGGUGGCUUCUUUGCCCAUGCGCCAGCGUGGGCGGCCAGGCGCAUCUGCUGUUGUUGUGCGGGUGACACGGUGGGCGCGCCUUCGUGGUUCAGGUGGGCCGAUUUCUUUUGUGAAGGCUGUUUUCAGGGUUGUCUGGCUUAUUUCUCCAAGCUUUGCGAGCGCUCUCUGCGCUGUUGGAGCCUUUCAAAAAUUUCAGGAAUGCGAAAUCACUUAUCGACUUUUUUUAGUGGUAUUUGUCACCUUGCUCCACAGUCAAAGGUAGAGAAAGGUUAUCGAUCGAGCGCGCAAAAUUCGUCCCCUGCGGUCUUUUCGCCAAGCACGAAUUGCAAUUCGGCGUCGAUUCCUGCCUCAGCCUCAUCGUCCAUACCUGGUCUAAGCACCAGUGCAAGUCGAUCUGAGGGCUCCAGUUGCUCUAGUACAGUCCUGCUAGCUGGUACCACACCAACGGUAUUUCUGCCGCAUCAACCAACGCAGCACCAAUUACGCGGAAGUUCGUUCGUCGCGCCAAGUAUGGGCCCACCACCAGCUCUGCCGCUCCGUCUACAGUUGCCUCAAGGAAGCGGUCCAAAGAUGCUCUCCCCCUUGCACUGGCGACCACUUGGAACCACGUUGCAAACGGGAACGCGGAUGCCACAGCACAGUGGAAGCAACACUAUCAACACUUGCAAUAUUCUAGGCGGCCCUCCAUAUUUUUCGACUACGGGGUCGAAUGUUGCAACGCCAACUUCUUCUUUGUCCGUUCUCACCGCCUCGCCGAACCGUCAUAUCACACGAUCUUUACCCUUUGCGCAGCUGCGAAAACCUGCAGCACAACUGAAUCUGCCACCACCCGGUCUGAGAGGUGGCAAUUGAUGAGUGCAUUUUUUUCGACUGAAUUCGCAACAACUGAACUUUGGUGUUGAUGCUCGCUGUUGAUGGGACAGACUGACAAGAAGAUUCUUUAUUCCUUGUCUUUGGACAACUACAGUCUCACUCUCGCGAUAAAUUUUUCUUCGUGCGCUUCUUCAUCCUUGUUAUGAGUGUCGUGGCAGGAAAAAGAAGCAAAAGUUACCAGCACAUGCUCUGACAGGCAUGACCGGCUCACUUCAUUUGAUUUAUAUUGUUUAACCAAGAAUCGCACUAUGGCUGCAUGCCAUCGAAGAGGAUACGCAGCAUAUGCAGAAGAUUCAGAUCAGUUGUUCAUUGGUUUUUUUGGCACUCGCUCUUGAUUACUUACCUGG